GAGCCACAAAGUUGUUCUCGCUCUCAUCCAAGUGGCUCAUGCAGCCCUCUGGGAAGAAAAAGAGAAGCAGGGAAGAAGAACCAGCGGGGAGGACAUCUAUAUCGGGAUACUUUGGACCGGUUGGAGAGAGCAGAGGGAGUGUGAGAUGCUUGUCAGGAUUUGGGUUAAACUCUGACGAGACUGACUGGUGGCAGCAUCUUUCCUUCUUUUACAUCUGACUGAUGGUGUUGUUUACAACAACUUCUUCGUCAGCAUGAGCUCCUCAUCAGCCAAUAUUCAGAGCAAACGUCUACCUUCAGAGACAGAGCACGCCCCGAGGCGUCCCGACAUGGAAUCAACGCAGCAGCUCAAGCUGAGAGAGAGACAGCGUUUCUUUGAAGAGGUCUUCCAGCAUGAAGUAGACGUCUACUUGUCUUCGGCGCACCUCUGCAUCAAAGACUACAGGCGACCUCCCAUUGGCAGCGUCUCCUCCAUGGAGGUGAACGUGGACCUCCUGGACCAGAUGGAGCUAAUCGACCUCUCUGACCAAGACCCUGUGGAUGUGUUCUUCAGCUCUGUAGGGGAAGAAGGGGUGCUGUCCUCCCCACUGCCAGCAAGCAACGAGGCGGCCAUGAGGAAUGGACGGUUUCGGCACGUCCACGAGAGCCUAGAAAGCAAGUCCCGCAAGUCCUCCACAUCUUCAGAAUGCUCCUCUGACAGCCAGGCCGCAAACGUCCACGGAGGAGACACUCCUUUGGUCGGCUCGGACAACGAGGAGACACAAAACAGCGCAGUGAACAAGAAAGGCGUGUCAGCGGAGGGAGGAGGGCAACAAACUCAGAAUGCACAGUCCUAUUGUAAAGAAACCUCUCGCACUGAAUAACGCCGUACCUACAGCAUGGCGGAGAACGCCUCAACCACAGGAGGAAAAGACUAUUUAAACGAGGCUUCGCCUACAACUGCUGGGCUCUUAUAAAGCUUUCCAGGUUCUCUGCUAAUCGACGUGUACCAGUGUGGAUCAUCGACUGUUAAACAUGCUGAAUAGAUUGGUCUUUGUGUCAUAUGCUUUCAUUUUAGUGUGGAAAAAAAAAGAACGAUUUUUGUACAGUAUUAAUAAAACCUUGAAACAAAAGAUGACGUAAAAAAAA